AUGGCGGAAUCUAACCUCAAUCCGGAGCAGCAUCAGCCGGGAAACGGCUUGCCAGGCGGUCCACUACCGCCAGGAGUAAACCCACAACACCCGGGAAUGCAGCAAAAUCAUCAGCGGCAUACAGCUCCAUUUUUCAACGGUCCACCAUCAGCGCAGCAAUCUUCAAGUACCAGUUCGUCUUCCGCCGAAGCAUCCUAUCAGCUCUUUCAGCAGCUAAUGCAGCAGCAACAGGUAUUCAUGCAGCAGCAGCAACAACAGUUAAUGCAGCAGCAGCAAGAUUUCUUCCGGAGUGUCAUCUCAUCAAUCAGUAUUCAGGUCCCCCCAAACCCUGAAAUGAUUCUCGAUUCACUAGCAAACAAUAUCAAAGAGUUUCGCUACGAUCCGGAUGGAAACAUAACCUUCGCUGCAUGGUACGGCAGAUACGAUGAUUUGUUCGAGCAAGAUGCUGCACGGCUGGACGAUGAAGCGAAAGUCCGCUUGCUCAUGCGAAAACUCGGAUCAUCUGAGCACGAAAGAUAUGUGAGUUACAUCCUGCCGAAAUUGCCGAAGGACUACAAAUUUGCUGAUACAGUUGAAAAACUAAAAAUCCUUUUCGGCGCUGCAGAGUCCGUCAUCAGUAAACGGUAUCGGUGUUUGCAGGUUACCAAACAACCGACCGACGAUUACGUCACAUAUGCUUGCCGAAUCAACAAGACCUGCGUUGAAUUCGAGCUAAGCAAACUUACCGAGGAGCAGUUCAAAUGUCUUAUGUUUGUUUGCGGUUUAAAGUCGGAAGGAGACAGCGAAAUACGAACGCGGCUACUGUCGAAAAUUGAGGAACGCGAUGACAUCACUCUCGAUCAUCUUUCGGAAGACUGUCAGCGAUUGUUGUGCCUAAAGCGGGACACGGCAAUGAUCGAGUCAUCAGCACCACCGUCAUCGGUAAAUUUCAUCAAGCGAAAACAAUUUUCAAAGCAUCAAAAGAAACCGCCAGUGGAGACAGCCGGACCCGACAAAAACAUUCCCUCAACGCCCUGCUGGUUCUGUGGAGGAAUGCAUUUCGUUCGAGACUGCACUCAUAGGAGCCACAAAUGCAAAGAUUGUGGUAUUGUCGGACACCGUGAGGGUUAUUGUUCCACUGCCAAACGAACAUCCAAAGCCAGUCGAAACAAAAAGCACCCGGGAUCGUAUGCUACAAAAAGCGUAAGUCUUGUGAUUAAUACCGUCGAUAAAAGGCGCCGUUUUGUUACUGUGAUGUUGAACGGUGUAAAUGUGCGUCUGCAGUUGGACACGGGGUCUGACAUAAGCAUCAUUUCGAAACGGUUGUGGGAGAAAAUAGGUAAACCACCCACAGUGCCGGCAAACGAACAAGCCGCAACAGCGUCAGGCGACCGCUUGCAGUUUUUGUUUAAGUUCAGUUGUGUCAUUUCUUUCAAUGGCAAACAACAUACCGGUCAGUUUUACGUUGUUGAAAAACCACUUUAUCUUCUUGGCAUCGAUUUGAUGGAUGCAUUCGAUCUCUGGUCACUGCCCAUUAGCACGUACUGCAACAACGUCACUGUUCCUUCUGUCACUUUGCAGUCACUCAAAUCAGCAUACCCGAGGGUGUUUAGGAGCGAGCUGGGGUUGUGUACGAAAACAAAAGUGAAAUUGGAACUAAUACCAGGUGCAACUCCAGUUUUUCGUGCAAAGCGUCCAGUGGCUUAUGCGGUACAUAGCAGUGUGGAUAACGAACUCGACCGACUGGAACGAGCAAAAAUCAUCACACCGGUAGACUUUUCGGAUUGGGCAGCUCCCAUCGUCGUCGUCCGAAAAACGAACGGAUCUAUUCGUAUCUGCGGUGACUAUUCCACCGGUCUCAACAAUGCCCUGCAACCGCAUCAAUAUCCGUUGCCGCUACCGGAAGAAAUUUUCAACAAAUUGGCUAAUUGCACAGUGUUUAGCCGAAUUGAUCUGUCGGAUGCAUUUCUGCAGGUAGAAGUGGACGAAAGCAGCCGUGAAUUGUUAACCAUUAACACCCAUCGGGGACUUUACCGGUACAACCGUCUGACACCGGGAGUCAAAGCAGCACCGGGAGCAUUCCAGCAACUUAUCGAUACUAUGCUGGCAGGCCUCCCUCAUACGUGUGGUUAUUUAGAUGACGUCGUCGUUGGUGGUGUAAAUCCUGAAAAUCACUGGGCGAACCUUCAUGCAGUGUUUCAAAGAAUCAGCGAUUUUGGAUUUACCAUUCGUGUAGAAAAGUGCAUAUUCGCUCAGCCGCAAAUUAAAUAUGUAGGUCAUCUGCUUGACCGCAACGGUCUUCGCCCGGAUCCAUCAAAGGUUCAAGCCAUCAACGAAAUGCCACCGCCCACUGACGUUUCCGGUGUUCGCUCUUUCCUAGGAGCAAUAAAUUACUACGGCAAGUUUGUUCCUAGUAUGCGCACCCUUCGGUAUCCUCUUGAUGAGCUGCUCAAGGCGGAUGCAAAAUUUGAGUGGACGGAAAAAUGCCAGGCGGCAUUUAACAAAUUUAAAGAAGUGUUGAAAUCCGAUCUACUGUUGACACACUACAACCCUGCGCUUGAUAUAGUUGUGUCGGCAGAUGCGUCGUCUGUUGGUGUCGGUGCAACAUUAUCACACAAGUUUCCGGACGGUACUCUCAAGGUGGUACAGCAUGCCUCCAGAGCACUCACAGCAGCAGAGAAAAACUAUAGUCAGCCCGAUCGUGAAGGACUUGCAAUAAUUUUUGCAGUGACUAAAUUUCACAAAAUGUUGUUUGGUCGUCGCUUUCAUCUUCAGACUGAUCACGAGCCGCUGCUGAGGAUUUUCGGUUCGAAGAAAGGAAUUCCUGUUUACACAUCGAACCGGUUACAACGUUGGGCUCUUACGCUAUUGCUUUAUGAGUUCACCAUCGAGUACGUCCCGACAGCGAAAUUCGGCAAUGCUGACAUACUUUCCCGUCUGAUCAACCAGCACGUCAGACCUGAGGAAGAUUACGUGAUUGCUUCGGUCUCUUUGGAGAAUGACUUAAGGUCAGUUACACAAGAUACACUAACCGUUCUCCCUCUGAGUUUUAGAAUCGUACAACAGUCUACACAGUCCGAUCCUAUCACCAAAGCAGUUUAUCGAUACCUGAUUGACGGUUGGCCUGAGACCGUUACUGAUGCAGAGCUCAAGCGGUUUUAUGCACGACGUGAGUCACUUACCACGGUACAAGGCUGCAUACUAUUUGGCGAUCGACUUGUUAUUCCUUCGCCCCAUCGCAACCGCAGUCUUCAGCAGCUUCAUCGUGGCCACCCUGGAAUCCAGCGAAUGAAGGCGAUUGCCAGGUCUUAUGUUUAUUGGCCAACUCUCGAUAACGACAUUGUUGAUUAUGUUAAAUCCUGCCAUCAAUGUGCGAUGGCUGCGAAAACACCACCGAAGUCAGCGCCUUUGUCUUGGCCUAAAUCAACAAAACCGUGGCAGCGUGUACAUCUUGACUAUGCUGGACCGAUCGACGGGGAAUACUACUUGGUCGUCGUGGAUUCUUUUUCGAAGUGGCCUGAGAUUGUGCAGACUCGCAGCAUCACUAGAGCCGCUACAAUCAAAAUCAUCAGAGAACUGUUCGCACGCUUGGGAAUGCCAGAGACACUAGUGAGCGACAACGGCUCACAGUUUACCAGUGCAGAAUUUCAAUCCUACUGUACGGGUAAUGGUAUCGACCAUCUCACAACUGCGCCGUUUCACCCACAAUCGAACGGUCAAGCUGAGCGGUUUGUGGAUACAUUCAAACGGUCAAUAAAGAAGAUUAAGGAGGGGAGAGCGACAAUGCGUGAAGCACUCAGUACAUUUUUGCUGACUUAUCGGAGCACACCUUGUUUUUCUUCUCCGGAUGGAAAAUCACCAGCAGAAGUCAUGUUCGGUCGUCCGAUCCGUACCAGUUUGGAGCUACUCCGUCCUCCACCAGAUUCUGUGCAGUUUGAACAGCCCAGCGAGAGCCGACCCUUGAAGCGUGAGUUUAAAGCUAAAGAUCCGGUAUACGCAAAAGUCUUCGUUAAAAAUCAAUGGCACUGGGCUCCAGGAACAGUACUGGAACGUAUAGGUCGUGCAAUGUACAACGUUCAGCUCGACAAUAGAAGGCUUGUUCGCUCCCAUGUUAACCAGCUUCGAGAUCGCGCUAUAUCAGAGGAUCUCAACGUAUCGACAUCGACAGAUAGUACGAAACUUCCACUCAACAUUCUACUUGAUGCUUGGAAUCUUCCGGUUCGUCGUACAACGGAUCCAUUAGCACACUCAACACCAGUAGCACCUCUUACAAGCUGCUCUAGUUUGAGACCAUCGUCAACACCAAAUACUCUGGUGAGAAGGCCUACCUUAUCAUCGGAGUCAUCGUCACAGUUAUCAGUAUCGUCUUCUUCAUCUUCAACAUCGCCAAGUUCGACAUCAGAAUUUCAAUCUGCAAAUGAAGCCGAUUCAGCUGUUCAGGUACCUCGCCGCUCUUCGCGUGUCCGAAGAGCUCCGCAAUGGUUCGACCCCUAUCAGCUGUAUUAG